UUUGAAGAUCUGCCGAAGAUUCUUCAAAAUAAUCGAAAUUGAAAUCGAAGAGAUACAAAUUUCAUACGUUAAGUGAGAAGAAGGUUUUAGAUCGGUCACAUGCAAACGAUAUACAUUGAAUCGGAUAAAAUAUGGCUUGCACCAGAGUUCAAAGUCAAUGUGUCGUGCCUCGGGAGGGCAAUUUUGAAAAAUCUAAGCGAAAGCGACCCAAAAAGGACCUUUGAAAUAAAUCAUGACACCGGAACUCGACUGACAGUUGAGGAUGUUCGAUAUCAAACGAUAACAGUCGCCCAGAAUCUAUUGGGACUGGGUGUAGAAAAAGGCGAUACAAUUGUUCUGUAUUCAAAAUCCAACGAAAGAAUAACACCAAUUACUUUUGCUUGUUACACAAUCGGAGCACCUGUCAAUUUUUUUGAAACAAACCUCGAUCAUGAUGCCAUAAUUUAUAACUUGGGAAUACUUGAUCCAACGGUAAUUAUUUACGAAGUUGAAUACAUGCCACAGCUGUUUACAGCUCUGAAGUUUCUUAAGCUUGCAAAUCUCAAGCACAUCCUCAGCAUAGAUUCCUUUGAAACUGCAUCAGUUGACGAGGUGCUCUUUCAACCAACUUCUACUGUCAAUAUCAAAAGUUUUCAACCCCCUGACUUGGGAGAUCCGCAAAAUGUGCCAGCAGCUUAUAUGUUUACUGCAGGUUCCACUGGAAUGCCACGAAUAAUCCAGCUCUCACAUGCGAUGUUGAUCCAGGGCUUAUAUAACUCGUGGCAAGUCGACUCAGAGAGCAUAAUCUUCUGUUUCAGUGAUUGUCGAUGGAUCUGCCAGGUUUUGUUAAUGAUGCAACCGGCGUUUUUUGGUGCCCAAUGGAUAUAUAGCUCGAGGCCCGAUUAUGAUCAGAGAUCAAAAGACGGGAAGGAUAUAAUAGCUAAAUACAAAGUUACGCAUUAUAUCGAUGUGCCGAAGGGUUUCUUAAGUGUUUUGCAAGCUACAGAGUUUUCCAGUGACCCAUCAUGCCUGAGUUCCUUGAGGUCGGCGUUGAUAGGUGGCGAAACUGUUUUGAAAUCCUUGCUGGACUACUCGGCAAAGAUUGUUCCGAGCUGCAAGGUCAUCAAUGGCUAUAGAAUGACCGAAAUGGCUGGUGUUGUUGUUUCAAACGAACUCGUUAACAUAAAGCCCGAUGGCGAUGGCUUGCAGGGAGGAGCUCUAAAAAAUGGACUGAUGGCGAAAAUUGUCGAUGAUGAUGAAAAAUCCUUAGGACCGAAUCAAAUGGGAAGGUUGUGCUUGAAAUCGAUAUUUCCUUUCUUGGGAUAUUUGAAAGAUGAAAAAGCCAACAAGGAGAUAUUUUUAAAAGGAGGAUGGUUCGAUACGGGAGACUUCUCGUACAUGGAUUCGAGCAAUUUGUUGAAUAUUGUCACACGUUAUGAAAACUUGGUGAGGUCUUCUGGAAUAAUUGUCAUACCAAAUGAUGUCGAAAAUGUUAUAAAUAGUCAUCCCAAUGUUUUGACAUCUGCCCUAGUCGGACAUCCAAAUUUAAAAAAUUCCAAAGAAGAACUUGGAACUGUGUUUGUAGUAUUAAAAAGGAAUUUUUUUCCAAAUUCCAUUGAAGAGGAACUGAGAGAGUUAAUCAAGGAAAAACUCACAAAGGAACAGCUUCAAAUUGUAAAAUAUUUCAAAGUGAUUCCAGAAAUGCCCUUAACGAAUUGUGGCAAAACAGAUAGAUGGGCUCUUAAGGUCUUGGCUAAUGAAGAGUCUAGAAUGUUGUGUUAAUUAUUAUUAUAUGUAAUUGUAAGAGUUUAAAAUUUACAAAAUUAUUAUUCACCAGUCCUUAAUAAAUUGUAUCGAUAAAGUCAUAAC